AUGGCUGGUAACACCGACCUUGAAUCUCCUUCUGGAGACAAAGAAGCCACCCAGCACAUCGAGCGCGUUCACACAAGAGAUUCCGAGCACGGUCAUGCUGGCCACCCUGAGAAGGAUGGCCUUCGUAUCGACAACGAUGAUCAGGACCAUUAUACUGAGCCUCCUAUGUCGUUCAACCGUAUGAUGAGUCUUGUUGCCAUGGCAUUCCUCUGGACUGGCUCUCAGAUUCCUGUCUAUCUUUUCGGAGGAAUCCCGCCCUACAUUUAUGGGGAUGUUGGAGGCGCCGAUCGUUGGAUCUGGUUCGUCCUAGCAAAUCUUUUGUCCCUGGCUGCAAUCUGUCCCUUCGUCGGCUCGCUUAGCGACAUCUUUGGUCGAAGAUACGUCGCAAUCGUCGGUGCAGCUUGCAUAGUAGUGGGGAUGAUCAUCUGCUCUACUGCUCACACUAUGAACGUUUUCGUCGGUGGCAUGGUCUUCGCAGGAGUAGGUGCUGGUAUCAACGAGCUCACAGCUCUUGCUGCCACGAGUGAACUUGCUCCUACCGCGAAGAGGGGCAAGUAUGUGGCGGUACUCAUUUUCACCAUCCUACCCUUUUGUCCUAGUGUGCUCUGGGCACAGCUGAUAGCAGCCAAUUCCUCGUGGCGAUGGGUUGGCGCUCUCUGUGCCAUCUGGGCAUUCAUUGGCCUCGUUCUGACCGCCGUAUUCUACUUUCCGCCACCCCGAGUCAACUCUCGAGGACUCUCAAAGGCAGAAGUCCUUAAGCAAGUCGACUACGUUGGAGGGCUUCUUAGCGUCAGUGGUAUGAUAUUGUUUAUGGCUGGCAUGCAGUGGGGAGGAUACCAGUAUCCAUGGGGCAGUGCUCAUGUCCUGGUUCCUCUAAUCCUCGGAGUUGUUCUUCUCGUCGCCUUCUGCUUCUGGGAAGCUUACUGUGCCAAGUAUCCAAUGUUCCCUAAGCGUCUCCGACAAGAACCGCGAAUUCUGGCUCUUACAUUGAUCAUAACGUUCAUCUCAGGCGCCAAUUUCUUCAGUAUACUUAUGUUCUGGCCAACAGCAUGUUUCAACGUCUAUGGACACGAUCCUGUUGGUGUAGGCAUUCGUGGACUCCCGGUCGGUUUCUCCAUCCUGGCAGGCGCUUGCGUUGUACUCUGGCUCCUCUCAGUGUUCCGUGGCCACAACAAGGUGAUGAUGAUCAUUUCUUCGGUCCUCAUGACCGCUGGUUGUGGAGCCCUUUCGAUCGCUCGUGUGGACAACUUGAAUCAGCUCUGGGGAAUUCUUGUUGUCGCGGGUCUCGGUAUUGGCGGCAUUGUUGUGCCUGCCUCAAUCAUCACCACAAUCAUCUGCCCAGACGACCUCAUCGCUACUGUAGCAGCAUUGACUCUGGCAAUUCGCGUGAUUGGUGGAUCAAUCGGAUAUUGCGUUUAUUAUAAUGUUUUUAUCAACAAGUUUGUGCCUGCGGCCACGCACUACAUCGGUGGGACGAUGAUCUACAAGUUGAACAUUACAAGCCCGGCCAUCAUCAAGGCGGCGAUCGAACUCACAGGUGCGAGUCUGUUGCCGGAAUUGCAAACACUUCCAGGAAUCAAGGGGGUGCCCGGAGCAUACGAGAUGGUCGUGAUUGCUGGAAGAGUGGCAUAUGCGGAGGCAUACAAGUACGUGUACUACGUGUCGAUUGCCUUUGGAGCUGUGUCCAUCAUCGCAGCUUGCUUCUUGGGAGACAUCAACAAGUAUAUGGACGAUCAUGUCGCAGUUGUUAUCCACUGA